ACAGGCUUAGAUUCAUUGACGGAGGCAUAGCUGCUCACGAGUUUCCUGCAGCGCAGUCUGACGUUAUUCAUCAGUUAGAAAAAAAAACGAAAAGAGAAGAAGAAGAAGAAGAAGCCGAAAUAAAGUCAGUGGAGGAUUCAAACACAGGCUCUGUUCCAUUCCGACGUGGUGUGUGUAACCUUCCAGAGAUCUGUGGUCGUCUCCCAGUCCUGAAGAAUGAGUCUGAGCAGCAGUGACCUGGAGGACCUGUGGGAGUCGUUGGGGGAACUCAACCUCUCUGAAACCUUCACCAACAUAUCAAGUGUGGACACCAUGGUGUGUGCCACAGCGUUCAACCGCAGCGCUCUGCUCUACUCCAUGUGUGUCCUCUACACGUUCAUCUUCAUCAUCGGGCUGGCUGCGAACGCUCUGGUCCUGUGGGUGAACAUCCGCAGUCAAAGAGACUCCACCCCUCGCCAUGAGACGCACACAUAUGUCGCCCACCUUGCCGUUGCUGAUCUGUGUGUGUGUGCCACUCUGCCCGUGUGGGUGAGCUCACUGGCCCAGCAUGGCCACUGGCCCUUUGGUGAGGUGGCUUGUAAACUCACCCACCUGCUGUUCUCCGUCAAUCUCUUCAGCAGCAUCUUCUUCCUGGCCUGCAUGAGCGUGGACCGUUACCUAAGUGUGGCGCGGCACAAAGACAGCACAGGUGGCGCGCGCAGGAAGCUGAUCCGCAGCGGGGUGUGUGUAGGGGUGUGGCUUCUGGCUUUGGUAGCGUCCUUGCCUGACACCUACUUCCUGCGUAAUGUGAAGUCCACGCACGGGGACGCGAUGCUUUGCAGGCCCGUGUACCCGGAGGAAAAUCCCAGGGAGUGGAUGGUGGGAGUGCAGCUGAGCUUCAUCCUUUUGGGCUUUGUUCUGCCCUUUCCUGUUAUUGCAGUGUUUUAUGCCCUGCUCGCCAGCUCCCUCAGCCGCUCCUCUGCCUCUUCAUCUUCCACCACGGUGGAGCAGGAGCGGCGCGUGAGCCGCAGGAUGAUCCUGGCCUACAUUGUUGUGUUCCUGGGUUGCUGGGGGCCCUACCAUGCUGUCCUCCUCGCAGACGCCCUGUCCCAGCUGGGCCUGGUGCCGCUGACCUGUGGCCUGGAGAAUGUGCUUUACGUGGCCUUACACCUCACCCAGUGCCUGUCCCUGCUCCACUGCUGUUUCAACCCAAUCCUCUAUAACUUCAUCAACAGAAACUACCGCUACGACCUCAUGAAGGCCUUCAUCUUCAAAUACUCGACAAGGACGGGCUUAGCGCGCCUCAUUGAGCCCUCCAACAUGUCUGAGACCGAGUACUCGGCCGUCGCUGUGGAAAACCCUCCGCAGAUCUGAGGCGCACCAAACACUGAACACCGUUUGCAGAUCGAACUGAAUAAUGCAACAACAUUACAUUACAAAAUGAUGAUGCCAUCAGACUGUAAAUACCAGCAUUAUUUCUUCACAUUAGAGGACAGUGAAUGGAGAACAAUCCAGCAUCUUUUUCUUUCUCAGAAAUCUGAUAGAAAAAAAAGAAAGCUGGAACACUUAUUAUGCCAAAUAUCCUAGUUUUGAUGGACUGUUUAAAAGCACUUAGAAGCAGUUAAGAUAUAAUAGCUGAUACUGAAAUAAUAUCAAUAUUGUCAUUCACAAAACAGUGAUUGUGUAAAAACACUGUGUUUAUAGGAGUGUACUGUGCGUGUUUUGUGUGUUUGUUGUGUUUAAUCUGACAGGCUGAAUUGAAAUAUUGAAUAUGGAUAGUGUUAGUAGAGUAAUAUUUUUUAAUCUUUUUUUUUUUGUCUUAAGCUGUAUUUAUAUUGUUGUUUUUUUCUUAAACUGUUGUUUUUGCCUCUUUCACACUGACAUGUGCUCACUUCAUGCAAUGCUGCCUUAUCAUUUUAGUCAGACCACUGACCGGCUCAGUGUUUUCGUCCUGCUGUCUCAUUAUUAAUCUUAACCACGGGUCACCUCAUAUCUGGUGAAUGUUUUCUCUGCGCACCAUCGAGGAAUAGUUACAGCUCACGCUGUGAGGUCUGCACACUAACUAUGAGGCUAGAGUUUUCAGCUAAUUAGUUUUUAAAAAAGACAAAGGAAACAAUCUAGCUGGCUGGAUCUACAUUUCUUACCAAAAUAACUGAAGAUAGUACUAUUGAUACUAUUGAUUAGCUGGACGUGGUGACUUCCUGUUGCAAAUUAACCAAACAAAAUAAGCAAACAGAAUGUGAGUGUGGUGCUGGACAGGAACGUAUUUCCCAAUAGGUUACAAACUGCUUGUAUCGUCACCGCAGAUUACGGACGUCUUUGUUUUCGUGAUGUAAAUAUUUGUUCACAUUGUCAUAACAGCUGGGACUACUGAGCAGACAGGCCAUGCAGCUCCCAUCGUCUCUGAAAUACAACAUUAUUAGGCCAACAUGCUGUUGUUUGACAUCAGUGCGAACAAAGUGUACACAAUUUAAAUGACCAAAUAACAUGAAUAGCUUUACACCACUAAUGUAGCAAUGUAGCAGCCGUGGUUUUGAGCAAAAAAAAAAGUGUUUAUUAUGGACCAAAUAGCAGCAUUAUAUUUAGAAACACCAAUAGAUGAUGUUUUACGUGUCAUGGAUAUUGAAUUUUCUCACCGUCUAUUGUAGGAAACACAUGUUGGCACAGAGCAUGUUGUGUCAUGUGACUGGUCACACAUGGACGACACAUUUACACUGAAAAAGAUUGAAGACCGGGAUACACGGACAUGUGUAGACAAGAACAUAGGCAUUCCGUUGCUAUUGUAAUGUGUAACAUGUGUAUCAUGAUAUAUUAAAUAGUGAGAAAAUG